AUAGUAUUUCGAAACCCAACCUCUCAUAGAAAGAGGACCAUCAAAAGCUCCUUUUUCAUCAAGAUCUCCUGCUUCAGAAACCCAGAAACACUUCCAAAAUCUUGGUUUUUUCUCCUUCUGUCUGCUUCUUUCAUACUCAAAAGAAUUGAGAUGGGUCUGCGAGACAUUGGAGCUACACUGCCUCCUGGGUUUAGGUUUUAUCCGAGCGACGAGGAGCUGGUUUGCUAUUAUCUCUACAAAAAAAUUGCUAAUGAGGAGUCUUUGAAGGGUACUUUGGUGGAAAUUGAUUUGCAUACAUGUGAACCAUGGCAGCUUCCUGAGGUGGCGAAACUCAAUGCGACUGAGUGGUACUUCUUCAGCUUUCGUGACAGGAAGUAUGCCACGGGGUUUCGGACCAACCGAGCUACAACAUCUGGCUACUGGAAAGCCACCGGGAAAGAUCGUAUGGUGGUCGACCCUAGAACACAAGAGGUGGUGGGGAUGAGAAAGACGUUAGUUUUCUAUCGGAACCGAGCUCCAAAUGGAAUCAAAACUGGUUGGAUCAUGCAUGAAUUUCGUCUGGAGACCCCACAUAUGCCUCCGAAGGAAGACUGGGUUUUGUGUAGAGUUUUUCACAAGAGCAAGGGAGAGAAUGGUGCAAUACUCAGCCCAUCCAUAAUGUUUGAGACCACAACAAAUAUUGCUCCAUCUCUCAAUAUUCUAACUACACCUGAUCAAACAAUGCCUUGUGGGUAUCAACAAAUGAUUGCUUCUUUGUCUUCAAACCCUCCCCAUCAUCAACACCAUAGCCAAAGUCUUUUAAACCUCCUUCAAUAUGCUCAGGAAAAUAGCAGUAGCAGCAUCAAUACCAACAACAACAAUGACAACAAGAACAACAAUCCCGCGGCCACUGAAGUUAGCUCGAAAGAAGAUGAAUAUGGGUUCUUGUGGGACGUGAGCUUGGAUAAUGGGGCAGUUUCCAACUUGGAAGACAUGAGAUUCGAGAUGGACAACAGUACGGUUUUUCUAUGAAGUAUAAUUAUCUACACUUGGUUAACAUUAGGAGUAAAACUGAAAAAGGGAGGAUUAAUACCAUUUGUUGAUUUGUGAUAUGCAUGUAUGGAUGUAUAUAAUAUGUGUGUUUGGGUUUUAAGAAACAGGUCAUGUGCUUAUUAUUGGAUGGAAAUAUGUAUUGUUGUAGCUAGUGUAUGUUAGGGUUUUAUUUUUAUUUUUAUUUUUUAUUUUGUGUACAAUUAUGUAUUGUGCAUUUGUACAAAUUAAUUAUUCUAAAGCAU